CAAACCGCGCCUCUUUUUGAAAAUUAUAACAUGGCGGCAACCACCUCGACCUCGCCACAUGGCCACGCUACAAAUCCUACCCACGGCCUCCAUCGUGCUCCAUGGGAGUCUAAAAGGCACUGGCUUUGCAGGAGAAAGUUUGUAGAAGACCACAAGGAUGUCCACGGGCUAAAGAAGGCCAUCGGACUCUCCAUGGUCUGGGCCAACAUCAAUUUUUUGGGGUGUCAGUAUUCCUCAAAAGUACAGAGUGAGGUAGAGUAUUAUCCUGUUCCCGAAGAGAAUGAGAUUGAGAGGUGGCUGAAGGUUCAUCCUGACAUUCUUGAUGAUGAAGAAGACGCUAGAAAGGGAAGACAAUGGCCACCAACUGGUAAAAGACCGACAUCCUCAAAUUCCCAACUUACCAGCGAAGAAGAAUCCCUCACUACUGCUAGCAAGAAAUCAAAGAUUGAUCCGCCAGAUUCCAGCAAUGAUAUGAUCCCGUUUGAGACCCUGACUGAUCAAAUAGGAUCGUUCAUCUCAAUGAUGCGUUCAAAGAGCCAAGGAACUGACCAAUCCGAAGAGAGUGAUGGAAACAUUGCUAACAAGAACUGGAAUCAAUCCAAUAACCAUGGCAACCCAAGCAAACACACCCCUAAUGAAACAACACUUUCCAGAGAUGAAAUUAUCAAAAAAUUUGGAAAGAUUUGCCUCUGUAAUUCCUGUUUUCCUGAAAAUGUAAAUAUUUCUCGAUUGAGUUUUUUAGCUGCAAAGUCUCGACUCAGACUCCAUUUUGGAUUCUCAGAGACUGAAUCCUUCAGUCCCCUUAGCUUGUAUGCUGGCGAUUGCUUAAUGGGCAAAUGGUCCGGAACGUCAAAGAAAGAAAUGAAGCACCAAGCAUGCACUGAGAUCAUAGCUGAAGUGCUAGCUUACCAAGAAAGAGAGGGCGGUAGUCCUCCUGUUUGUCCUGCAAGCAAGCAAACUAUGGUGGACAGAAGGGAGUUAAUGAGAUCUGGCCUUAGGAUUGAUUCCGGCCUUAAGAUUGACGAAGGUAACAAAGGCCACCAGUUGCUAUUGAAGAUGGGUUGGAAAGGAGAAGGUGGGCUUGGUGGUGGUCAGACUAAUCAUCCCCUUGUGUUAGUGGAGCCACGUACCAGUAGCAAACAAGGUUUUGGUGGAAGUGCUUGCUCUGCGUUAUCCCAGGAUGAGAUUCGUGCGAGACUUACGAAAUUUUUAAGCAACAAAGAUGAAACCCAGCUACGGUUCCCUGCUGGUUUAAGUUCAGAGGAUCGUAAGCUCAUACAUAAGCUGUCUGGACAGUUUGAUCUCCUUCAUAGGAGUCAUGGUAAAGACGACGAGAGGUAUUUGACCGUUACUAAAAGAACCGAUCAUAUUGAGUCUGAUCGUUUUACUGAAGAACCCUGCUGUAAAUAAAAUAACUGUUGUUUUUAACACUUUUGUUAAGUAUAGAACAGA